AAAAAGGCAAAAAUGUCAAAAUCAAACAAAAGUCGGUAAACAAAAGCACAUCGUGGAAACGCAUCAACAACACAUCAACACGUGCAGCUGAGCCGUUUUCGAAAAUAUCGGAAAAUCGCUUUCAGGCAUUGGAAUUCUACAACAAGUGAAACGGUGAAAAAAAUCAGCACUGAAAAUGAAACCAAUGUCAAACGGUGUAGGAGGGCUCUCGAAAAAGAAAAAAAUAGGUAAGCGGCCCAGGCCUCCGGUGCAGGACAUGUCUUUGGAUAAUUUUCUUGAUAACAUGGAUGCCGACCUAGCUAGUGACGACGAUGUUGACGACAAACUGGCAGUCGAACCUCCACCGUCGAAGAAAAAAAAAGUAAAGACGGACAAAGUACCGAAACCGGAGGUAGAACCUGUGGUCGCUGGAAAGGAAAAGAAGAAAACGAAAAAGAAGGUUAAGGAUGCUUCCCCAAAAGAAGAAUGUGGCGGACAGAAAGAUGUUGAAAAAGAGCAUCAACAGGCAUUAGAUAAACUAGAGCAAACCGAUCCCGAAUUGUAUGCGUUUUUAAAAAAGAACGAUAAAAAAUUGCUGAAAUUCGGUGCUAUGUCUCAGAGCGAUGAGGAAGUCACGGACGAUGAUGAGGAAGACGAAGAUGCUGAGGGCGCUGUUCAUGAGCUUCCCGACAAAUUGGAGGUGGCCAGUGAUGAAAGUGACUUUGAGGAGGAUGAUGAAGCGGAUGACGAUGACGAAAAGGAAGAGGAUGAACAACCCGGCGUUCAGAGAAAACUUACACUGAAGCUGUUGAAAAAGUGGACAGAAGAGUUGACAAAACUUCCGAUAAAAAAUGUUGCCAUUAUCAGAACGGUUUGUAAAGCGUUCAAUUCAGUUCUGGUUACAGUGACUGGAGAAACCAAUGUUAUUCCGGCUUUUAAAGCAGAUGGUUCCGCUAUUUUCAAUGGAGUAGUCCAGCUAUGCGUUCUUCACUUGGCAAAUGCUGUUAAAAAUUAUCUGGGCGUCAAAAGUUCCAAGGACUUCAAAAACAUAAAGAAGAACAAAAAAUUUGCAAAGGUACAAUCCUGCCUCAGGAUGUAUUUGGUUGAUUUGACAAAUUUGUUGGAAAACGUGUCAUCCACACAUAUUAUGAAUGUUCUACUAAAACAUUUACAUCAGAUUUGUUCCCUUCUGACAUGCUACCCUCAAAUCACUAAACCAAUUCUCAAGAGAUUGAUUCUUAUCUGGAGUACUUCGGAAGAAGAAUCUAUCCGAGUGCUUGCCUUCCUUUGCAUAUUGAAGAUAACCUGUGGACAGAUGCGUCGCUUCCUUAGUGAUGUUUUGAAGAAUAUGUACUUGGCCUAUGUUAAAAACAGCAAGUUUGUAAGUCCGAAUACUCUUCCGGGGAUCAAUUUUAUGCGUCGUUCGCUUACUGAACUUUUUACCCUUGAUAUGUCAAUCUCAUAUCAACAUGUUUUCCUCUACAUACGUCAAUUGGCCAUUCAUCUCCGGAACGCCGUCAUUCUCCAGAAAAAGGAUAGCUUCCAGUACAUCUACAACUGGCAGUACGUCAACUCGUUGAAGCUCUGGUCCGAUGUUCUGGCUAUAACUUACGACAAGAAAGAACUAGAGCCGUUGAUCUAUCCACUCGUGAGCAUCAUAACAGGAGUCAUCAAAUUGAUCCCAUCUGCUCAAUACUUCCCACUUCGAUUCCAUUGCUGUCAUAUGCUGAUUGACCUUUCCGCUCGGACUCGAGUGUUCAUCCCGGUACUACCUUUCAUUGUGGAAGUGCUGAAUUCCAACAGUUUCAAUGAGGAUCACAAAAAGCUGUCUAUGAAGCCCACAAAUCUAACUUGUCUCCUACGAUUUGCUCCAGCCAACAUUCAGGAAAAUGCCUACAAAGACGCCGUUUUGGAUCAAAUCUACGAGCUUACCCUAGAAUAUCUCGCCAAUGAAUCAGCUUCAAUUUGUUUCCCAGAUUUAGUUGUUCCUAUCUUAACUGUGCUGCGGUCAUUUUGUAAAACUACUAAAGUUUACAAAUAUUCCCGUAAAAUCAAACAGCUAUCGGACAAAAUAGCUGAGAACGCCACAUUCAUUGAAAAGCGACGAGAAACUUUGGCCUUUACUUUGAAAGAUCCAACUGCGGUCGCCGGCUGGGAAGCUGCCCAGAAAGCCAACGGAACUCCGCUUCUUACCUUCUACCAGGCAUUCGCUAAGGAGAACGAAAAAUCAAAACGACGUCAAGCUAAUCAAUCCGACAACAUCAACGACUACGAGCUGCCUACGAUCAAGAAGUUGGACAAGAAGACCAAAACAUCUAAAAAGGCGGUGAACGAACCAACGGAUUUGUUCCCUUCUGACGACGACGAGGAUGAUUCCGGCAAUGGUCCGGAACUGGAUUCCGCCGAUGAAGAAGAACUUAAUAAUCUACGGAAAAAGAAAAAAGAUAAGAAGGUUAAAAAGAGCAAACAAGGAGCUGAAGAUGAGGCCACGAAGCUGAAGACUAAGAAAGGUAAGAAAAAACAAAAGAAAGCAGUAGAUGAGGGCGAUUUCCCGCUGGAAAAUGGACAGGAUACCGAAGGAGUAGAUAUUUUAAAAGAUUUAACGUUAGACGAUUGGGACUAACGUAUUUUAUUCAAUUAUUACAAUUUUUUUUUAAAUAUUAA